GCGGGACCCAACCAAUCAGGGCGGCGGGCGAGGGCGGGGCGGGGCGGUGGGCGAGGGCGGGGCCCGAACGGCGGCUACGGCCCAGGUGAGCGGCUCGGGCUCGGCGGCCGCACCUGCCCAACCCAACCGGCAGGGUCCGGAAGUCGCCGAGGGGCCGGGAGCGGGAGGGGACGUCGUCCUAGAGGGCCGGAGCGGGCGGGCGGCCGAGGACCCGGCUCCCGCGCAGGACGGAGCCGUGGCUCAGGUCGGCCCCUCCCCAGCACCACCCCGGGCCUCCGCCCCUUCCUGGGCCUCUCGGUGGAGCAGGGACCCGAACCGGUGCCCAUCCGGUCCGGUGCCAUCUGAAGCCCCCUUCCCAGGUGAGACUCGUAGCGCUCGCUCGACAGGGUCUGGUCCCACCCAGAAGGCCUGGGGCACCGUGGGGCCCCGUCUCCUGCUGGCCCCCCAGCCUGCUGUCAGCAACCGGGCUGUGUGCUCAGGCCGCCCUCGCGCCCAGCCCUGACCUUGGGCCGGUGGGCUGCCGUGGGAAAGGCCUGGAGGUGUCCUGGGUCACCUUCCUGGGCUGGCAAGCUGCCCGCCUCCUGCACAGCCACUGCCCUUCCUGUUGUUCCCGAGCCACCAGCCACAGCUCUGAGAGGCUCCUGGCAGCUUCUGUUUGCCACUGGCUCGAAUCUAGGCAGGAAGGCAAGGCCUGCAGAAUAUCUGGUGACCAAGAAGGAAACCCCAGAGCCUCAGAGACCAUCUUCUCAGUGGACAAAAUUAAGGCCCGAGGAGGGGAGGGGCGUGCUGGACGUCUGUGGGACUCCAUCUUUCUGAGGCCCAGGAGCAGCCAUCCCCCACACCUGAAGCCUGAAAAUGAGCCACAGAGCAAGCUGACCCGAGCGACACAGCCCCCCAGCCCUACUGUAUUUCCGUUCCUAUCAAAAAAUGGAUGAUUCGGAGACAGGUUUCAAUCUGAAAGUCGUCCUGGUCAGUUUCAAGCAGUGUCUCGAUGAGAAGGAAGAGGUAUUGCUGGACCCCUACAUUGCCAGCUGGAAGGGCCUGGUCAGGUUUCUGAACAGCCUGGGUACCAUCUUCUCAUUCAUCUCCAAGGAUGUGGUCUCCAAGCUGCAGAUCAUGGAGCGCCUCAGGGGCGGCCCGCAGAGCGAGCACUACCGCAGCCUGCAGGCCAUGGUGGCCCACGAGCUGAGCAACCGGCUGGUGGACCUGGAGUGCCGCUCCCACCACCCCGAGUCUGGCUGCCGGACCGUGCUGCGCCUGCACCGUGCCCUGCACUGGCUGCAGCUGUUUCUGGAGGGCCUGCGCACAAGCCCUGAAGAUGCACGCACCUCCGUGCUCUGCGCCGACUCCUACAACGCCUCGCUGGCCGCCUACCACCCCUGGAUCGUGCGCCGUACCGUCACCGUGGCCUUCUACACGCUGCCCACACGCAAGGUCUUCCUGGAGGCCAUGAACGUGGGGCCCCCGGAGCAGGCCGUGCAGAUGCUAGGCGAGGCCCUCCCCUUCAUCGAGCGCGUCUACAACGUCUCCCAGAAGCUCUACUCCGAGCACUCCCUGCUGGACCUGCCCUAGGGGUGGGAAGCCAGGGCCACACCGGCUUUCCUGCUGCAGAUCUGGGCUGCGGUGGCCACGGCUGUGAGUCCCAUAGCAGAGCUUUCUGCGCGCCGCAGGAACAGGAGAUCCACUGUUGCCCCUAUGAGCUGAGCUUGUUAGGAACCACAGACUGUGACAGAGAAGGUGACGACCAGCCCAGAAGAGGCCCACCCUCUCGGUCUGGAACGAGACGACUCAGCCGUGGCUCCCCCUCAGCCUGUUAAACACGUGCCCAGCCAGGCCUCACCAGGGUGCGUUGCAGAGCAGAGCAGGUAGGGGUGGGGCCCAGGCCUGCAAGAGCCCAAAAGGUCGCCACCCCCUAGCCUGUGGGGCAGAUCUGCGAACCAGGGUGAAGUCACAGGUCCCAGGGUGUGGAGGCUCCAUCCUUUCUCCUUUCUGCCAGCCGACGUGCCCUCAUCUCAGGCCCGUGCCUGGGACCCCGUGUCUGCCCAGGUGGGCAGCCUUGAGCCCAGGGGACUCAGUUCCCUCCAUGCCCUGGCUGGCAGAAACCCCCAACAGCAGUCUGGGCACUGUGGGGCUCUGCCCGCCUCUCCCGCCUUGUUUGCCCCUCAGCGUGCCAGGCAGACUGGGGGCAGGACAGCCGGAAGCUGAGGCCAAGGCUUCUCACAGAAGGGCCCCGGAAGUCCCCGCCCUUGGGACAGCCUCCUCCGUAGCCCCUGCACGGCACCAGUUCCCCAAUGGACGCAGCAGACCGCCUCCCGCAGCGGCUGUGGGUCUGCACAGCACGGCCCAAGGCCCCCAGGAGCCGGGACUCUGCUACACCCAGUGAAAUGCUGUGUCCCUUCUCCCCCUGCCCCUUGCUGCCCCCUCCCCACAGUGCCCAGGAGACCCGCGGGGCAUGGAACAGGAGGGUCUGGACCCUGUGGCCCGGCCACCAUCCAGUGCCUGGGGCCUGACCACUGGCUCUUCACAGUGGACCCCAGCACCUCAGGGUGGCAGAGGGAUGGCCCCUAUGGCCCGGCAGACGCGCGAGCUUCCGGAGUGCAAUCCAUGUGAUGUCUUCCAACGUUAAUAAAUCACACAGCCUCCCAGGAGGGAGACGCUGAGGUGCA